UCCCUCCCCCAGCUCUCCAGGACGGCUGGAAUCUGGCACCAGAUCCCCUGCUGCUGCGGUGCUGCUAUUUCACAGAAGCUGCAGGCACACAACAAACAGCGAAGCUCUGCUAACUAAGGCGACCUGUCUGCCCAUAUCUCGCCAGCACCAACCACACGUGCCUGGUAACCCCCUCCAGCUGCUUUUUGUAAGAAUGAGGCUGCUAGGCAGGCGCUGCGUCGCUUUCCACACUUGUUUGGUUGUGGUGAUUGCUCUCUCAGAGGCCAGGACAUUUUUGUCUCAGCAGUAUGCCUCCGAGUUCCUGGUUAGGAAACGUCGAGCCAAUUCUUUUAUGGAAGAAAGUAAGAAGGGAAAUUUAGAAAGAGAAUGCAUUGAAGAACUGUGCAAUAAAGAAGAAGCCAGAGAAAUAUUUGAAAAUAAUCCUGAAACGGAAUAUUUUUACCCCAAAUAUUUAAGCUGCCUCGGCUCCCAUCGAGCAGAGAUUUUCAAGCUUACUCCUGUUAUUCCAGAUUCCCCACCUGACCUGAGAGCCUGUGUGAAAGAAAUUUCAAACCAAUGUAGCCCUCUGCCAUGCAAUGAAGAUGGAUAUACGGAAUGCAUCGAUGGGCAAGCCAGAUACACUUGUGUCUGUAAACCAGGCUGGCAAGGAGAGAGAUGUGAAGAAGAUAUAAAUGAAUGCGAAGACCCAGCAAAUAAAAAUGGAGGUUGUAGCCACAGCUGUACUAAUGUUCCUGGAAGCUACCACUGUUCCUGUGACAAUGGAUACUAUAUACUUCCAAAUAAACAGGACUGCAAAGACUGGGAUGAAUGUAUGAUACAUCCAAACAUCUGUGGGACAGCACAGUGCAAGAACAACCCUGGCAAAUAUAAAUGUGAAUGUGCGGAAGGCUACACAUAUAAUUCAACUUCAAAGAAUUGUGAAGAUGUGGAUGAAUGUGCUGAAAACAUUUGUGCUCAAGAGUGUGUAAAUUCUCCAGGAAGCUAUGCCUGCUAUUGUGAUGGCAAGAAAGGGUUCAAGCUUUCUAAGGACAGGAAGCACUGUGAGACUGUUCCAGUUUGUGUCCCUCUGAAUCUUGAAAAGUAUGAUGAAUUGCUUUACCUGGCAGAACAGUUUAUAGCAAUCCCUGUGCUGUACUUAAGGUUUAAAUUGCCAGAAGUCACCAGAUUUUCAGCAGAAUUUGAUUUCCGGACAUAUGAUACAGAGGGUCUUAUACUAUAUGCUGAAUCCUCUAACAGCACAGCAUGGUUCUUGCUUGGUCUUCGUGAUGGGAAGAUUGAGAUUCAAUUCAAGAAUGAACUUGGAACAAAAGUCACCAGUGGUGGCAAAGCCAUUAAUGAUGGUCUGUGGCAUAUAGUCUCAGUGGAAGAAUUAGAACACAGUAUAAGUGUAAAAAUAGCAAAAGAAGCAGUGAUGAAUAUCAACAGCCCUAGAAAUCUGUUCAAACCAUCAAAUGGCUUCCUGGAAACUAAGGUGUACAUUGCAGGAUUACCUCGCAAAGUCAGCGACACCCUCAUUAAACCGCUUAACCCUCGACUAGAUGGGUGCAUUCGUGCCUGGAACCUGAUGAAUCAGGGAAAUUCAGGCAUAAAAGAAGUUAUUCAAAAAAAACAAAGCAAACACUGUUUAGUAACUGUGGAGAAAGGGUCCUACUACCCUGGCACUGGCAUGGCAGAAUUUCAUAUAAACUAUAAUAAUCUUACCAAUGACAAAGAAUGGCUAAUAAACAUAACAUUGACUAUUCGUCCAUCCACAGGCACUGGUGUGAUGUUUGCCUUGGUCUCUGGCAAAACAGUGCCUCUUGCUUUGUCCAUAGUAGACUCCAACUCCCCUAACUCACAGGAAAUCAUUGUGACUAUUGAGAACGUCAUUGUUGCCCGGCUGGAGUCAGAGAGGUUGUGUACCUCCAAAAGAACGCUGCUAGGACUCAGAGCAAACAAACAGCUGCUUGAACUGACUGCUGAUUCACAAACACACAGCAUCAAUUCUGAGCAAGAGCAACAACUAUCCAUCCUGGAUCAAGUAAUGAAGGGACCUAUUGUUACCUACUUAGGGGGCAUUCCAGAUGUUCCCGUUGGUGCUACACUACUGACGGCCUUUUAUAAUGGCUGCAUGGAGGUAAAGGUCAAUGAAGUACAGCUGGACCUGGAUGAAGCCUUCUCUAAACACAAUGACAUUCGAUCCCACUCGUGUCCACUGAUUGCAAAUGAAAUGAAUGAAUUCUUAAAUUAGCAUUCUCCCUUCAGAUAUAAUUUGUGUAAUGAAUCUCAUGUCAUAAUGAAACCUGUAUUAUUUUACUCAAGAUGUUCCAAGAAAGGAGUUCAGCUGGAGUGUUUCUAUCCCCUUAACGUAGUUUGUGAAGAUAAAAAAACAACCCACUUUUUUCAGUGAUAAAAGGACAUGAUGAAGACUAAAAUUCUGUGAAAAUGUUCUUAUCCAUGUCAGUGAUUAAAUCUAGUUUAAAGAUGUUAAGAUUUCUUUUAGGUGGAACCCUCUUUUUUUCCACCAUUGUUGUGGUUCCCUUUUUGUAUUUUACCCAGCUUGAAGAGUCAAAUCAGGCCAGUCUGGCUGUCACGCUUGGUUCUGAUGCUUUAGCACAAAGCUGUGGUGUUUGGGUUGCAAGUGCUACCAUCAGGUUUGAAUCUAAACAAAACUGUGUUCAUUUAACUUUCAAAAACAACAUGAAAAUGUCAUAGAAGGUUUUGGAAAAUGUGUGCUUUGAAAAGUCUAAAGUUAUAAGCCCAAGGUCCCUGUCAUUAGACUUCUGAAUCACAGCAUUAUUUUGGGGAGCAACAUCCAAACCCAAGCUUUUAGUAAAUAUCACAUCUUUUCUUAAAAGGAAAGAAAUUAGUAAAGUGGCUUUGUCAGCCUUAUAAUGUACUGGACCAACUUUUCCACUCAAAACCUCCUUUUAUAGGUACAUUUCAACUUGUGUUACACACUUCCACAGAACAUAUCAAAAUGACAGAAAAUGAUAUUUGAUUACUCCUUAGAACAGACUAGCUUAAGGUUAAUAUUAAUACUUUCCAUGUUUUCCAUCAAGGAAUCCCAGCAUUGUACUUCAAACUUCAAGGCUGAUUGUUUGAUUCAGAGCUCCAUUAAGAGGGACACACUGCCACACUUAAAAAUUAAUUCAGUACCAUGCUUUUAUCAGAAAACAAAGGCCAGCAGGUUUAUGCGGGUGAGUUGCACGGAUGAAGCACCAUCAGUCAGAGUUACAGGACAUCAAAUUGGAAUUUACCAAGUAAAGCUAGGGGCCUCACUGGCAAACAAACAGACUUCCCCAUUCAGGAGGAAUCUCGCAAUCCAGAGUUUCCUAGUCGCUCCUUCAUACAGAAAGCUGUCAAACUAGUUCUCUCCUCAGGCUAAUCCCUCAAAACUGGGGAUAAAAUCCCCAUCACUUCUGCUUCUGGGGACCUAUAGAGAGAGGGAUACAGCUGCAUUUGAAAGCCAUAUUUCAGCAAGAGUUGUUUAUUUAGAGGAAGCCCCAAAUUUUACAGCCAUGUCACGCUUAAAGCCAUAUCCCCUCUCAGCCAGAUUAACAAGGAAAGUUGAUUAAGGCAGGAAGGAAUGAUUUUUCUGGGAAGUAUCCAGUUCACACAUUUCUGGCUUCC